UUCAAUGUUACAUAAAACCUUCACUAUUUUGCAAAAUGGUUGAAGAAGAAAACAUGAGCAGAGGCGAGCCGUCAUCAUCGUAAGCACCGUCACGUAACAGGAGUUUGGCAACAAGAUUUGCACCUGAACGGGUAAAUGAUUGGUUUAUACUUAUCACUGAAUUUGUCAACCACCCACUCACCCAUCGUUGAUGUCUUGCCACUGAAUUGUCGCUGGUUCGUUGUUGCCUCUCCGGACCAAAUCCUCUGGCUCCUACUCCUACAGAUCCAAUCGUACCGGAACAGAAGGAUGACGCCGGCGGCCGCCGGCGCGGGGGCCAAGCCGUUGGUGCUGCUGUCGCAGCCGUCGGACUCUGGCUUAACACCGGUGAUGGAGGGCCAGUUCAGGUUCGUCCUGGCGGCGGACGCCGACGCGGCGACGGCGGCCGAGGCCCGGGUCCUGUUCGUGCCGGGGCUCAGGCCAGUGACCGCCGACCUCAUCGACCGGCUCCCGGCGCUGGAGCUCGUGGCCGCGAUCUCCGUCGGGUUGGACCACGUGGACCUCGACGCCUGCCGCCGCCGCGGGAUCACCGUCACCAACGCCGGCACGACGUUCUCCGUGGACAUUGCGGACUAUGCUGUCGGCCUCGUCGUCGCCGUCCUCCGCAAGGUGGCCGCCGCCGACGCACACCUCCGGCGCGGCCGAUGGGCCAUGGACGGCGACUACCCGCUCGCCACCAAGGUGAGCGGGAAGCGCGUCGGCAUUGUGGGGCUAGGCAGCAUCGGCUCGCUGGUGGCGCGGCGGCUGGCGGCGUUCGGUUGCGCCGUGGCGUACCACUCCCGGACGCGCAAGCCGCCGCCGUGCCCCUACACGUUCUACCCGACGGUGCGCGCGCUGGCGGCGGACAGCGACGUGCUGGUGCUGGCGUGCGCGCUGACGGAGGAGACGCGGCGCGCGGUGGACCGGGAGGUGAUGGAGGCGCUGGGCCGCGGCGGCGGCGUGCUCGUCAACGUCGGCCGCGGCGCGCUGGUGGACGAGCCGGAGCUGGUGCGCUGCCUGCGGGACGGCGUCAUCGGCGGCGCCGGGCUCGACGUGUUCGAGAACGAGCCGGACGUGCCGGCGGAGCUCUUCGACAUGGACAACGUCGUGCUGUCGAGCCACAAGGCCGUGGCCACGACGGAGUCCAUCCGUGGCGUGCUCGAUACCGUCUCCGGGAACCUCGAGGCCUUCUUCGCCGGGAAGCCGCUGCUGAGCCCCGUCGCGCUCUGAAGACUGAACCGACGACACUACAACGGUUUACUGCCACGGUGUUUGGGGGUAUAUUUGCUGCAAAUAAAUUGGACUGUCGAUAUCACUCUUUUGUUGAUUUGGAGGUUCAUUCAUUGAGUAGCGUUCAUUUGGUUCAGCUACAGUAGUAGUAUUAUUUUGACGUCAGCGUCAUGCAAAUGCAGCUUACAUUCACGAUGCAAUUACAGGCUCUAUUUUUAAGAUUUGCCACGUCCAAUCUUUUUUUACAUUUGAUCA